GAGGGGCGGCACCAGCACGGCGCUCGGGGAUCAGCUGGCGGGCGGGCGCCUAAGCGGCCCCGGCUCUGCGGCAGCGCCGCCUCCUCCGCGUCGCAGGCCGGCGGCCGUGGCCAUGUCGCGGGGCUGGUAGCUGGGCUCGGCGCUGAGCCGCCUCUAGUUUAAACUUAAACGAUCGCUCUCCGAGGAGGAGGGGAUCCGUCGCGCGAUUGACAGUGUAUUCCUGCAGGCGCCGUCCCUCAGCCCCCACCCCACGGCCGGAUUCCCGUGGCUCUGCUCCGGGCUGAAACCCGAGAAGAAAUCCUUCGAUUUCUUUUCUUUACAACAAAUACUAACCGAGAAACCAUCGGCAUUUUGCCUUGGCGUUUCCUAUCGGAAAGAUGAAGAAGUUUUUCGACUCCAGGCGGGAGCAGGGCAGCUCUGGCCUGGGCUCAGGCUCCAGCGGAGGAGGGGGCAGCAGCUCAGGCCUGGGCAGUGGCUACAUCGGAAGGGUCUUUGGCAUCGGGCGGCAGCAGGUCACUGUGGACGAAGUGCUGGCGGAAGGUGGAUUUGCUCUUGUCUUUCUGGUGAGAACAAGCAAUGGAGUGAAAUGUGCCUUGAAACGUAUGUUUGUCAACAAUGAACAUGACCUCCAGGUGUGCAAGAGGGAAAUUCAGAUCAUGAGGGACCUCUCAGGGCACAAGAACAUUGUGGGCUACAUUGAUUCUAGUAUCAACAAUGUAAGCAGUGGCGACGUAUGGGAAGUUCUCAUUCUCAUGGAUUUCUGCAGAGGAGGACAGGUGGUAAACCUGAUGAAUCAGCGUCUACAAACAGGCUUUACAGAGAAUGAAGUCCUGCAGAUAUUCUGUGACACCUGUGAGGCUGUUGCCCGCCUACAUCAGUGCAAAACUCCUAUUAUCCACCGGGACCUGAAGGUUGAAAAUAUCCUCUUGCAUGACCGAGGCCACUAUGUCUUGUGUGACUUUGGAAGUGCCACCAACAAAUUCCAGAACCCACAGGCCGAGGGAGUCAAUGCUGUAGAAGAUGAAAUUAAGAAAUAUACAACACUCUCCUACCGAGCCCCAGAAAUGGUCAACUUGUACAGUGGCAAAAUCAUCACUACGAAGGCAGACAUUUGGGCUCUUGGCUGUUUGUUGUAUAAAUUAUGCUACUUCACUUUGCCGUUUGGGGAGAGCCAGGUGGCAAUUUGUGAUGGAAGCUUCACAAUUCCCGAUAACUCUCGAUAUUCUCAAGACAUGCACUGCCUUAUUAGGUAUAUGUUGGAACCAGACCCUGACAAAAGGCCGGAUAUUUACCAGGUUUCCUACUUCUCAUUUAAACUGCUCAAGAAAGAAUGCCCAAUUCCAAAUGUACAGAACUCUCCCAUUCCUGCAAAACUUCCUGAACCAGUGAAAGCCAGUGAGGCAGCUGUAAAAAAGACCCAGCCAAAGGCCAGACUGACAGAUCCCAUUCCCACCACAGAGACUUCAAUUGCACCCCGCCAGAGGCCUAAGGCUGGGCAGACUCAGCCAAACCCAGGAAUCCUUCCCAUUCAGCCAGCCCUGACUCCUCGUAAAAGGGCCACUGUUCAGCCCCUACCUCAGACUGCAGGACCCAGCAGUCAACCAGGCCUUCUAGCCAGUGUUCCCCAACCUAAAGCCCAACCCACACCUAGUCAACCUCUUCAACAAUCUCAGCCCAAGCAGUCACAGGCUCCAUCCACCCCACAGCAGACAUCUUCUACCCAGACCCAAGGUCUGCCCACCCAGGCCCAGGCCACUACCCAGCACCAGCAGCAGCUCCUCCUCAAGCAGCAGCAACAACAACAGCAGCAGCCACAGCAGCAGGCAGCACCACAGCAGCCAACAGGCACCUUUUACCAGCAGCAGCAGCAGCAGGCUCAGACGCAGCAGUUUCAGGCAGGACAUCCAACAGCCCAGCAACCAGUCACUGCUCAGUUCCCUGUGGUCUCCCAGGGAGGCUCUCAGCAACAGCUGAUACAGAACAUCUACCAGCAGCAACAGCAGCAGCAGCAGCAACAGCAGCAACUGAUGACACAGCAGGCUGCUCUGCAGCAGAAGACUGCUGUGGUAGUACCACAGCCUCAGGCACAGCCAACCACAGCCCCACAGCCAGCUGCUGCUCAGGAGCCUGCGAUUCAAGCUCCACCAAGACAACAGCCAAAGGUUCAGACAACUCCGCCUCCAACUAUCCAGGGUCAGAAAGUUGGAUCUCUCACUCCUCCAUCAUCCCCUAAAACCCAGCGUGCUGGGCACAGGCGGAUCCUCAGUGAUGUAACCCACAGUGCAGUCUUUGGGGUUCCUGCCAGCAAAUCAACCCAGCUGCUCCAGGCAGCUGCAGCUGAGGCCAGUCUCAAUAAAUCUAAGUCUGCAACUACCACUCCCUCGGGCUCUCCACGGACCUCGCAACAGAAUGUGUCCAAUGCUUCUGAAGGUUCAACAUGGAAUCCUUUUGAUGAUGACAACUUCUCCAAACUCACAGCUGAAGAACUGCUUAACAAGGACUUUGCCAAGCUUGGGGAAGGAAAGCUUCCUGAGAAGCUUGGUGGCUCAGCAGAGAGUUUGAUCCCAGGUUUCCAGUCAACACAAGGAGAUGCUUUUACCACUUCCUCAUUUUCUGCUGGAACUGCUGAAAAAAGGAAGGGUGGGCAGGCUGUGGACUCUGGCAUCCCACUUCUAAGUGUGUCUGAUCCUUUCAUUCCUCUUCAAGUACCUGAUGCUCCAGAAAAAUUAAUCGAGGGACUCAAAUCUCCUGAUACUUCUCUUCUGCUCCCUGACCUCUUGCCUAUGACAGAUCCUUUCGGCAGCACUUCUGAUGCUGUGACUGAAAAGGCCGAUGCUGCUGUUGAGAGUCUCAUACCUGGACUGGAGCCGCCUGUUGCUCAGCGCCUCCCAUCUCAGACGGAGUCUGUGACCUCAAACCGCACAGCUGCAGAAGAUAGUAAUCUCAUCUCAGGUUUCGGUGUCGCUGAGGGCUCGGAAAAGGUGGCAGAAGAUGAGUUUGACCCUAUUCCUGUACUGAUAACCAAAAACACACAAGGUCUCCAGAGAGAACCCAGUCCUUGUCCUGUAAUUACUGUAGAGCACUUUAAAGAACCUGUGGGUGCCAAAGGCCUCGCCCUCUAUCCAGAUCCCUGCAGAAUUUCUGGAACAAAGACUCAGAACACCUUAGAGUCUGACUCCAUGGCCCGAGAGGGCCCUUCCAGCAAUAGCUCCUUCCACAGCAGCGAGGAGGAGGGCACUGACCUGGAGGGGGACAUGUUGGACUGCAGCGGGUCUCGGCCUCUCCUUCUGGAGUCUGAAGAGGAGGAUGAGAGCUGCAGACCUCCUCAGGGGAAGCUGGGAGAAGCCACCCUGUUCACUGAGCCUGGAGUGUCUGCUGAGCCAGAAAAGGGGGGACGAGGCGGGAAAAAGAGCCAGUUCUUGCCAGUCAACCAGCAGGCCUCAGAUGGUCUCGGAGAGCCUGAUGUCUUUGCCAUAGCCCCCUUCAGGAGCUCACUGGUUCCAGCAGAUGACGUGGACAUUUUCGCCAAAGCCCCUUUUGUCUCCAAGGGCAGUAUAGCUCCUUCCCAGACAGAGGAGGUGGACGUGUUCUCCAGAGCUCCUUUUACCAAGAAGAGGAGCGUGGAGGAGUUACUGGCUGUGCAGGGCUCCUCACAGGAUUUGCCGGCGCAGGCCAGCCUUAGUCAGCCCAGUGAAGGGCUCCUGCUUCCAGGCCGUGAUAGAGCCAUGUACCCCCCUGCCCAGGUGCAGUAUCCUGUGACUGGCUUUGCACAACAGGCCGGUCUCCCCUCCCACUCUGUCCAGGUGGCAGACCAUUUUGACAGCAGCUCUCCCCGGGGAUCUCCCCUGGAAUCCGGGGGUCAUCCUACUGACAGAAACAGAGGAAUGCAGUCCCAGAAAGAAGCCUUCUCCGGGCCUAUGGCUGGCAAGCCAUUCCGCCCCCAGGCUUUAUCCAAAUAUUCCCGACACUAUAGCCCAGAAGAUGAGCCAAGUCCAGAAGCUCAGCCCAUCGCUGCCUACAAGAUUGUUUCACAGAGCAAUAAGCAGUUGCUAGCUGGCUCUGUGUCUGUCACAUCUCUGUCCUCCAGGACUACAGAGCUGCCUGCCGCCGACCCUUUCUCUUUAGCUCCCUUUCCGUCAAAAGCAGGCAAACAGAAACCGUAGGCAGGAGACCAGCCUGUGGCCUUCCUCCACCUACCCCACCAACACCUAUCACACCACUCCUAGCUGGCCUUUCAGGGAGUAGCCACUGUGACCUUACAGUCCCUGCCUCAGAGCAGAAGCUCUUUAGGUUACACUUCCUGCUUUUGUUUAUGCUCAUUUCUGGACUUGUCGGCAUUGCUGUUCCUUCAUAUAGGCAUUCCACCUGCACUCUGAACUCUGAUUCUUCUCUGCCCAGACACCUUUUUAAUCCAGGAAUAUUUUACCCCCUGUUAACGGGGGCUGUAUUACACCACAGCUUUGAAGGCCAGCAGCUCCUAUGGGGAGGUGCUUGGAUCAAAGAGUCAAGAUGAAUCCCAGCACUCAACGAUACUCUUGGAAGCAUUUCUAGGAAGAAGAAAAAAACAGCAAUAUAAACCCACUGCACAUCUGAAAAAGUCAGUCCUUCAGCUCCUCAUUAUUCACUCCUGUGGAGCCGCAGCUCUCAGAGGAUUCUGGGAUCUGUCACUGAGUCUAUACGAGCCAAGCUGGCCUGUGUGCACAGAUGUCUGGUGCAUGAUAUGGCUCAGAUUCUCUGUCAUGCAGAAGAACACACAGGUGGGAAAAGCUCACUCUGCCUUCCCACAGUUCACUUUUUAGACUUUUUAGAGUGAAACCGCCAUGCCUACCUCCAUUAUCCAAUCAUUUCCUUGUAUUUGCCUGACUUGAACCUUGGCUUUAUUUGCAUUUUUUUUCUCAUGGUAAAAUUGAAGUUGUUGGACCAUAUGGGGCAAUUCUGUUGAAAAUGAGGUUUCAGAAUGAAUUUUUAAAAUUCCAUUUACCUGGUUUUGAAAAAUCAAAUAUCUAAAACUGGACAUGGUAUCUCAUGCUUGUAAUCCUAGUUCUUAGGAAACUGAGACAGGAGAAUUACCACAAGUUAGAGGCUAACCUGGUCUUAAUACUGAAUUCCUGGACACCAUAUCUCAAUACCCUCUCCUCCCACCCAAAAAAGUCACUGGUCCUUCUGUUUUUCCUUGGCAUCAGAGGAAGAGCAUCUUUAGUGUUGCAGUUACUGGGAAUCCUUCCUGGGUACCUUUGUUAUGAAAUUCAUUAAUCAGGACCCUAAGCCACAAACUGCGUUGCCUGAUUCCUUCCCCAAACUCUCCCAUACACCUCUUUUGCCUCUAGAAGUUGAAAAUGAGAAAGUGCUGGUCAGCUGUCCUUGCAGAUGUUUAAAUUAGCUGUUCCGUUCAGAUGUUAAAGUAGAACAGACAGGUGACUGGCUGUGUUUUCAGAAGUGUGUUUUUAUUUCUGGAAAGCUCUGACUCAUCCCUGUGUUUUCAUACCAUUCAUUUUUAGUGCCUUAAAAGAAAGCCCGUGACUCUGCAGGGAGGUUUCUGCUGAGGAAGCAGAGUUUCAUGGAGACAGCCGGCACCAUACUCGGUGUGUGCUUACAACUUCUAGCAUAGUUCCUCCACUUGCUCGGGGAACUCUGGAGAGUUCAUCAAGCUAGAUUAGUGAUAGAAAAAUUGCUAGGAGCUGGGCAUGGGAGCAAACUCCUGUAAGCAGGAAAGGGGUACAAGGCCAGCCUAGACUACCUGAGACACUGUCCCCCAAAAUAAAAGAAUUACUGAAAAUUUACCCAGUAAUGAAGCCUAAAUGCCAGGCUGCACUUGGAAUCAUUUAGUUGUGAUGUCCUUUAAAUUUGAAAGUCAGGGUCUGUACAACUUGGUGGAAGAAUACAUGCUUUAUAUGCACCAUACCCUGGAUUCUGUCCUCAGUACACCCAGAAAUAAUAGAAUAAAGCCCAGGACUCUUAGCAGUUAACAUAAGAAUGGUUACUUUUUGCCUGGUGUGGUGGCAGGCACCUUAACCCCAGAACUUGUGAGGCAGAGACAGGUGGAUCUCUGUGAAUUUGAGGUCAGCCUUGUCUACAUAUUAAGAUUCAGGCCAGCCAGUGAGCGAAAGCUUGUCUUAAGAGGGUGAAAGGGAACUUUUGUUAGUACUUCUUUUUUUGGUAUUCUCCACCUGUUUAAAUAACAGGCAGUGUGUCAGGGUCCCCACCCCCACCAGAAACCUGCCUUACACUUCAGUAAAGCCUAACUAUUCUCUCUAGGAAUUUGCUUUCUCAGUUAAUAUUUUUGAAUGUUUUGAAUACUAGUGGAUACAAACUGGUCUUUCUGUUAAAUGAGUAGUUUGGGAAUAUACACAGAAUUUUGCAACCAAUCUUCCCACACUUGUUUUAAGGAGAAGUCCUCAAAGGCAUGUGUAAAUGGGAUGGGACUGUUUAGACAGGGUCCUCACUUGAUGUCGCAAGCUCUUUCCAGGUUGCAGCAUAGACCUGUAGACCCAGCUGCUUAGAAGGCUGAGACAGGACAGCCUGAGCCUAGCAGCUCAAGGCCAGCUUUGGCAACAUACAAGGACCCAUCUCAUGAAUAGAAAUUUCAGAAUGCAAGGUCAGCAUCAGCUUCGUAACUGUGCUGCAGACUGUUCUAACUUUGAUUACUGGAUCACUCCAUCUAAUCAUAUAGUCAUUUUAAUUCACAAGGUCCAAAUUAGAAUAAAAUCAUGCACUCCUUAUUUUAUAUAGUUGAAUCGUUUGUGAAGUGUGAGCUUGAGGCCUUUUUCAUCUACUGAGUAGGAAGUCUACCUGUCGUCUUUUCCUCGGGAGUGAGUGUGACCACAUGCAGCUUGUCUUUUCCUCUGUGGCACUUUGCGAAGGACAUCUGACAAGAGACUAGCCAACUCGUGAGUUCUGAAGGAAGAGUCUGGAUUACAGGAUCAGUGUGCAAUUGAAUGAUCAGGUGUCCUGGUGGGAUGCCAUCCUGAGUGGAAAUCUGGAAAGUUUGUUUCACAGGGAAUUAGGAGUGCGUAAAGUCUAUGAAUCAGUUGUAAAUUGCCAGUGACCAUACUCUAAAAGUUUAAUAAUAAGGAAGAGGAACAGUAUCAAUGAAGUACUGUACUUUGUUUUAAUUUCCGCUGUGUGUUCGUCGCUUUGUAUAUUUCAUAGGAAACACAGAAAAUUGUGAACUCUUGACUCAGUAGAAAGAGAUGAGUCAGAAUAUCUUUAGCUAAAGCCUUAAGCCGCAUCAUGCACUAAGGAACUCCUGAAUGAUGUGGUAGACCGAGGACAUAGCUCAGAGGUGGAGCCUGGCACAGUGAGCCUCUGGGUUCCUCCCUGUCAGCUGACUAUUGAACACUGUUAACUGAGCUAACUUAUGUGUCAUGGAAAAUGGCUCACUAAUUUCUUAGGCUUACAAUACAGCUCUUUAGCGCCAAACCCAUGGUUUAGCGCCAAAAAUAAAUAAAUAAAUAAAUAAAAAGAUAAGAAGUGAACAUCUGUGGCAGGCACACCUAUGAUCUCAAUACUUGGGAGACCGAGGCAAAACAAUUGUGUGUUCAAAUCAAGACCAGCCUGAGCAGCUUAGCAGGACGUUAAUAUUGAAAUUUAAAGAGAGCUGGUUUUGUAUUUAAGUGGUAGAAUGCUUACCUAGCAUGUGCAACCACUGCAUUUACUCCAGUACCAGGAGACAAGAGAGAGCACACAAAUUGUUCAUCAUGUGAUGGCGAACAGUCUAGCCAUGGAAGUGAGGAAAGUUAGUUCUGAAAGCAAAUUUUAGUUCAUACAGGUUGUUUUGUCUUGGCUCACUGGUAGGGUUGAAGACCUAUGUACUGGUGCAGGCCCCAGUGUGUGUGUGUGUGUCUGUCUGUCUGUCUGUCUGUCUGUCUGUGUGUCUGUGCGUGCACACACGUGCUAACCGAACCGUCUUCUACUCACUAACCCAUGUUGUAUCUCAAUUUCAUCUGGUAACUGAGAUCUUCUAAACAUUCAACAGAAUGCUGUCUUUCUGGCCUGUUGUAUAUUUAUUAAGUGUUGGGCCAUGUGCUUGUUGUCAGUGUUUUCAGCCACUCUUCACUGGUGCAUAAAGUAUUAGAGUGAUCUGAUGAUAAGAAAUUCUGUAUUUUUAUUCUGUAAAUGAAAACAAUCAGAACAUGUAUCAGAUUGUGAGAAAUGUAUGCAUUACUUCAAAUAGGAAACUUAAGAGGAGGAAAUGCAGUGCUCUCUCCAACAGGACCGGGCAGCUUCCAGUGGAGUCCAUCUGGGUCCCUCAAAUGUAAAGAGAUGUUGCUCCCUGCUGUGUCUUUUGCAUUCAACCUUUAGAAUACAUAGCAGUCAACUCCCAGACAGCUGCUGGUUACAGCAUUUUUUUUUUAAAUCAGAAUCAAACGUUCUGAUGGGUAGUGUGCAGGAGUCCAGCGGAAGAAGGCGGGAGCAUCUCGACACUUUCCAUGGCCACCCUGUUUCCAAGCCUUCCACUAAAAGAUUAAACACUGGGGGUUGUAAGUGAAAUCAUGUCAUUUGAGUGAUAACCUUUGUCAAUCAAUAUUUGUUUUGCUCUAACCACCAGAACACUUGAAAACCUAAUAAAAUAUCACUAAAGAAAAAGUUUCAAAAUGCUUAAGAAUAAAAAGUAGUGUCUGGUUGUAAAUUGUUUCUGUUCUGUUCCCAGAGGUCUUUGUGCUCCCCACUCCCCAUUUCUACUCUCCCUUAAUUUUCUCCCUCAGCUUUCUCCUAUUUGACCCGACUGAGUGGGUCGUGACCUGUCACACUAACUUGCGGUGGCUACUCUAAAAUCUCAUUUUAGGAUUCAGGCCAGCCUUGACAAUCUAACAGUGAAAUGGUUCACCUUCCCCUAGAAUCAAGGACAGAGGAAGGUUGGCAGGACCCAGUUUUCCUCUUUGGAGAUGUAGCCCAGAGGGCGCUCUGCCCCCUGAUCCUACAUAGCUCUAGAAUGAGUACAUAUGUGAGCGGACUCUAGAAGAGCAAAAAUAGCUAAGUGCUGAUCAUGGGGGCACAUGCCUGUAAUGAGGCAGGAGGUUCACUGUGAAUUCGAGGCCUGCUUGGGCUACAUAGCAAGACUUUGUCUCAAAACAUACACAAAGGCUAAAUAUUAACUACAUGUGGCUUGUUACCUACAAAGUUUCUGUAACUUGUAAUUCCAUUAGUUUUGUCAGCUAUAGUUUAGCAACCUCAACCUCUGGCCUAGGCAAGUGUUACACAGCUCUGAGUUGAUGGUAAACAUUACUUGUGCUGCCUUGUGGUGGAACCAUGUAUAUAUACACAAAGGGGAUCAGAUUCCCUUUGGCAAGGAAUUUCAGAAUGGUUUUUUCAGCGUCAGUCAAAAAUAGGUCAUGGUUGGCUGAUACCACAUGCUUAAACUGCAAGGACCCAUGUCCAGUCUCCAGCACUUUGACUCUGAGGUAAUGGGAGACAGUAGAAUAUUUUCCUUUGGAAACGGUGUGCCUGCUGUGUUCUGCAAAUCUACCAAAGAUGGUGUGAAGGGUUUCUCAGUGUCUGUGUGCGCAGACCUGCAUCCUCCUGCUUCCUUCGUGGGGUUAACUCUAGCCCUUCAGUUCAUUAUCUGAAGAGGGCUGGGGAGGGACCACAGGCAGCUGGCACCACAAAUCAGUUCCCUCCGCCAGACCUCCAAAUUUAGCAUUGGAGUUGUUUGCAUCUGUGGUAAGGGAGUUGACUAGCCACUGCUUGAGCAUUCUUCCCAAGGAAGCGCCUUCUUGUGGGUGGCACUGGGAGGACAGUGGUGACCUGCACCGCAGGGCCUGAAGAUGUUAUUUUGAAUGGAACAUUUGAUGUCAUUUUUAGGGAACAGAAACCAAAUAACAGAGGCCAAGGACCAUGCCUAUUUCGAGGAGGGAAGGUGAGCACCCUCUGCUGGCAGUAUUUGGAGUUGCUUGAGUGAGGAUCUGUAAGCAGCCUGGACGGAGUACUGAGGUCAGCAGGUCUCAGGCAUUCUCACCUUGCAAACAAUCUUGGGGAAACCAGAAGGUCAUUCCCAGCAGUUUUUGUAAUGCCUGUCAUUGCAGGCUGUUGGAUUUAUGUUGUUCUCUCUGGGUGUGAUCUAUGAUGUAUCUGAUAGUCUUUAUGGAUAAUUGUUUGGGUUGUAAACUCCUAUACUCUUUAUUAAAAUGAGCUUAAUUAAGUGA